AUGGAAUUGUUUAAAGUGGAAGGGUGGAAUUUAAACACUGAUAAAAUUGCUUUCAAGGACUCUAAAAAGAAAGAAGCCCAAAAGGAAAGAAACAGAAAAGAAAAAAUUGAUAGAAAACAACGUAAAAGUAAGAAACCAAAGGAUACUAAAAAUGAAGAUGCCAAGAACGAGGAAGAUGAAGAGGAUGAUCAAGAUUUAGAAAUUUCUGAUGUCGAAGAAGAUGAGAAGAAAGUUAAAGAGGUUAAAAAAACAAAGAACAAACCACAGAAAGUUACUAAACCUCCAGUUCAGCCAGCAGCAAAAACUUUGACACCAUUACAACAAAAGAUGAUGGCCAAAUUAUCAGGAUCUAGAUUCAGAUGGAUUAAUGAACAAUUAUACACAAUCUCUUCCGAGGACGCAUUGAAUCUGAUUAAAGAACAACCUGGAUUAUUCGAUGAAUAUCAUGAAGGGUUCAGGUCUCAAGUUCAAAGUUGGCCUGAAAACCCAGUAGAUACAUUUGUUAAUGAAAUUAAAUUCCGUUCUAAAAAGGUUAUUAAUGCACCAGGUGGUUUACCAGGUCUAUACCCAAACAAGGAAAUUGUUAUAGCAGAUAUGGGUUGUGGUGAAGCUCAGUUGGCAUUAGAUGUUACCCAAUUUUUCAAUAAAUUUAACAAAAGAGCCAAAGGUAGACGUAAGAUUAAUUUUAAGAUUAACAGUUUUGAUUUGAAACAAAUAAAUAACAGAAUUACAGUAGCUGAUAUUCGUCAUGUUCCAAUGAAAGAUGAAUCUGCUACGAUAGUUAUUUUCUGUCUCUCUUUAAUGGGUACAAACUUUUUGGAUUUCAUUAAAGAAGCUUAUAGAAUAUUGGCUCCAAGAGGUGAAUUGUGGAUAUCCGAAAUCAAAUCGAGAUUUUCUGAUGGUAGAGGUGAUGAAUUUGUUGAAACUCUUAAAUUACUAGGUUUCUUCCAUAAGAAGACUGAUGAUUCAAAUAAAAUGUUCACUAGAUUUGAAUUUUUUAAACCUCCUGAGGAUAUUAUACAAGAAAGAAAAGCUAAAUUAGAAAGAAGAAAUAAGUUCAUUGAAGUAGAGACUGAAAAGGAACAAUUAGAAGUUAAGAGAAAGAAGGUUGCAGAAGGGAAAUGGUUAUUAAAACCAUGUAUAUAUAAGAGAAGGUAA